CUCCUUUCCCCUUCCACCUUGGCCUUGCGAAGGAGCCUCAGCUCUCUCCAUCAAUCGGUUUGGUAAUGAAGAUCUUCCCGCUACUUGUCGUCAUCUCCUCUGCGGCUCAUCUCGCCCUCAGCGAGCGUCAAGUGGUGUCCAUCAACGACAGAACCUUCUCCAUCUACUGGCCGACGCCAAACAAUGCCACUCAUGCCGGCGACGGGAGCUGCACCAUCCUGCUCGGGCUUCACGGUCUCGGCGACAAUGCCGACAGCUUCUGUGCGUGGACAGCGUUCAAGGAGUACGCUGAGAGGGACGGGGUGGUGCUGGUGUGCCCGCAGGGGCUGCCUGGGUGGCUCGGAGAGGUCAGUCAGCGAGGGCAUCAAGCUUACCAGGGGGUCUGGUCUUAAGAAGCUGAGUGCACUCCCUCACUCAUCUGUGGUGUGCGUGUUUGGUUUGUGCGUUCCAUUUGUGCAGGCGGCGUGGAAUGCGGGCAGCUGCUGCACGUUCAGUGGUGUGGAUGACGUGAGCUUUAUCGAUAGUGUCGUGUCGAGCGUCAGGGGAUAUCUCCAGCAGAGGAACCAGCAGUGUGUCAGCCAGUCGAUCCUCCUCGCCGGCUUCUCAAAUGGCGCCAUGAUGGCAGGUACGGUGCGCAUCACCCACACGGUGCUUUCAUUCACUCAUUCAUUCGCUGUGUGCCUCGUUUGGUCAGAGGCGUAUGCGUGUGAGAGGCCGACCGACGUCAAGGGCGUUGUGUCUGUGGCUGGUGUGGUGGCCUUGCUGCCCAUUGGAGGUGGAUUGGACUCGUGCGACAGGGACUUCGCCGCCCGGGCAGGCCGCAGUGUGGCCGUCCUGGGGGUACACGGCACUAAGGACUGGCGGGUGCCCAUGAACGGGUGGGGGAGCUGGCACUCAUACAAUGCACAACCAGCCAGCCACAGCACUCACCAGAUCUCUCUCUGUAUUCCCUUGGCAGUGACCCCAUUGUGGGCUUUCCCCCCGUCCGUGAGGACCUGCAGCGAUGGGCCCAGCGAGGCAAGUGUCUCACCACCGGCCCCUCAGACCCGUCGCAAUUCCGCCGGGGCCGUUUCAGCAAUGAGAUCAUUUGCGCCACCGAGCUGGGCGAGUCGAGCGUCGAGCUGGUCGUGCGUGAGGACGGCACACACGCAUGGUUCGAGGAGACAGAGUUCGACACGAGCGAGUACGCGUGGAGCUUCAUGAUGCGGGCGGCCAAUGUCACUGAGCAGCCAGGGGUGCGGGGCCGGCCAUUGCUGGACGGGCAGUUGCGAAGUCAGAGGGUGCGUGCGUCUGAGAAGGCGUCUGAGGGGAUGAGGCGGUUCAGAGAGGCACACGUACAGCCUGAACCUUUUCUCUUCGUGUGAUCGAUGGGAUGCGUUGGUAGCCAGCCAUGAGUGCGGCUCCACCUUGAUCAAUUUUGAGCUGGCUCUCGAGGGGUCUGUCCGCCCUACCGACGCACAGACCCCUCGAGAACUCUCUCAAUUAUCGGUCAAGGUGGAGCACGCCGCAAUUCUCGCUUCUCGAUUGGUAUCUAUCAGUGCGAUGCCCUUGGAUGCAGUCUGUAUGUACGUCAUAGGAGAGAAAGAGUAAAAGCAUUGGAUUGGGUGGGUGUGGUUGUGUUGUUUUAUUCAUCUCUGUGCUUUUUCUUGAUCGGUCGGUUGGUUGGAUCGAAUCGGUGGGUCACAGGUACCUCCGUACACACCCAUAUGAUAUGCCCUCACUGUCUGUCUGUCUGUUGUGUAUUAGCCAUACCCAGGCCAUUUGUUCCUUCGUGUACACAUACUUACUACACACACUGCGUUGCUGCCCAGCCACUUGCAUUACAUGUGCGUGUCGUGUGUGUUGUGUGUGUUGUGAGCGUGUGUGUGUGCGUUCGUGUGUGUGUGUGAUCCUUACGUACGUGCGACUGCGCCCGUCUGUGGGUGUCGUGUCCAUGCGAUGCGUCUGUGUGUGUGCCGUGCGGACUGGCAUGUGUGUGCUCUGUGUUCGAUGCCUGCCGUCGAGUGGUGCAUGUGCGUGUGUUGUGUGCAAGCAUGUGAUGUGUGGGUGGACGGACCCUCGCAAGAGCGAGCGGACUCAAACCGAUCGUCCGAAAAACAGUCCAUCGGUCUGCUGCAC